AUGUGCAAAAAGUUGCUAUCUCAUCAAUCCAAUGAUACAGAGGCAUUAACUACAUUUCUAAGUGAUAUGUUCUGGUUGAGGGAUACGAAGUAUGAUGCCUGCAUCGAUCUCUCAUACGAAAGCACCAAAAACUUUUUUGCACAAGAUAAUUACGGCAUGCGGCAAUGGUACUAUCAAACCUGCUCUGAAUUCGGUUGGUAUACCACAACAGCUACAAGGUAUCAUCAUCCUUUCGCUAGUCAAGUGUCGCUUGGCUUUUUCCAGCAACUGUGCCGUGAUGUGUACAACAACUCGUUUACUUCAGAUACCAUCUCUUCGAGCAUAAACCAAACAAAUGCUUAUUUUGGUAACACAAUUAACUGGGCGCUUGCUAACAACUACGAAACCACCUUUUUCACCCACGGCCAAUUGGAUCCGUGGCGUGCAGUUGGAGUGCAGAAUGGCAGCAAUGUCAUCGUUAUUCCAGGCUAUUCUCAUUGCGCCGACCUGGGUUCAAUCAACCUUAAUGACAGUGUGGAAAUGAAUGUGACCAAGUUGAAAGUAGCUCAUUUUCUGAACCGUGCAUUGCGUACUCCUGAAAAUUAA